AUGGCACCAAGAACAACUGGACAUCCAACCAGUCCUGUUAGCAAAAUGGAGCCUCCGAAAAUAGUAAAUGCAGUUGGAUCUGUUGCUGCAACUUCUUUGAUUCCUUCUGCUGUUCCACAGGCUCGGAAAGCAUCCUUGGCUCGAUUUUUGGAGAAGCGCAAGGAAAGGGUAAUGAUUUCCGCCCCGUACAACUUAAGCAAGAAAUGUCCAGACUCCAAUGGAGUGAAUUUCACCCAGCAGGGAGAACAACAAUGA